GAUUAACUCUCGUUUCAAUUGUUUUCUAAUCAUUCUGUCUCACUUUAUCCUUCACUCCUACCCUGUUUUCCCUCUCCAAAUCAUCACUCUAUAGCAUCAUUUCCUCUCAGCAGUUUUAAUGGAGGUUGUUGAGUUAAAAGUGGAGAUGGUUUGUAUACAUGAGAAAAGACUAAGGAAAUGCCUCUCAAAAUUAAAAGGGAUAGAGAAGGUAGAAGUGGAUACUAACUGCCAGAAGGUAGUAGUCACUGGAUACACACACAAGAACAAAAUCCUAAAAGCAGUUAGGAGAGGGGGUCUCAAAGCUGACUUCUGGUCUGCUCAGAAUGAGUUGCUAAAUGCUUAUGUCAGUGCCAAUUAUGCUAGCUUGAGAUUCAACCCCUUCAACUUCUUCUAAUUUUUCUCAUCCCCUAUUCCACCAAAUUUGAUAUAUUCU